GCCAUGUGAUCUCAAACUCCCUGCAUUGAUUCAUUUUCCGAGACUCAAGGUACUUCCACUUAUGCAUAUCACAUUUAGAGAUAAGAACUUUCCAGAGGAAUUCAUAUCCAACUGCCCAGUCCUUGAUGAGUUGAGUAUAGAAUACUGCACCUGGGAAGCUAUGGAGGAUUUUAUAAUGUCAGCUCCCAAUCUAAAGACGUUACGCAUUCAGGCUCCAAAAGGAGUGAUCAGGAUUAAUGCACCAAAUUUAACUCAUUUUGAAUACGAAGGUAGAAUUGCAAAGGAAUAUGACGUGCAUAGAUUUUCAUCACUAGUUAAUGCAGAGAUUGACUUUUGCAUGUACCUUGAGGACAAAGAUGAUAUCGAAACAAGGAGAGAAGAAUUAGGUUAUGCUGUGAUGAAACUUUCCGAACGGCUUUCGAGUGUUCGAUUCUUAACAUUAUCUUUCGAGACCCAUAAGGCCCUCUCCCUUGUAGACAAUCUCAAUGCACUGUUACCUGCAUUUAACAACUUGAGAUAUUUGGAAGUGAGUUACAUAUGUUAUUCUCGGUAUUACAAGUCAUUACUGUGCUUGCUCGAAAUAUCGCCUAAACUUAAAUCAGUCAAUUUUAUGCAUGGAUUCGGUGGACGUCUAUCUGAAAAUGGCAUUGAAGUAGUAUUGCCUCCUAUUGUGUUUUCAAAACUGAAGAAAGUAACGUUUGGGUCAUUCAAAGGGGACGAGAUGGAAUUGAUUUUAGCAGAAUUUUUUUUGAAGAAUGCUAAGAUUCUAGAGAGCAUGGUCAUUUAUACUUGUUUCAAGUCACAGGAGAAGAAAAUGAGAACCAUGGAGCGGAUGUUAUUGUUUCAGAGAAGGUCCCCAAAGUGUAAAAUUGUCUUCUCCGACAAAAAGCGAUAGAUAUUGAAAUCUCAAGUGAAGAACUUCUCUGUUGGACUAUCUGGUGGAAAAUAAGGAGCAUAGAAACAAUAUGGUGGACAGCUUAUCCCUUUAUGCUUGCAUACUGAACAUUUCGGUCUUUCUUGGUUGUUCCACAUCUUAAAGCAAGUUUCAAUAAACUGAAUACAACACAGUGAAAGAAAAAAUGAAGAAAGAAAACUUAACAAGAAACAGAAAGACAAAGUAAAGAUUACAAUGUAAUUACGAACUUAUGACAUUUUAUUUCUUGAUUGUUGUUAAACUUUGGUUCUCAUAAUCUUUAAGAACGGCAUACAAAACCCAUUAAAGUGAACUAUCAGAAUAUGAAAGUUCUUGCAGAAAUAUUGAUGGAGAAGAAGAGAAAGAUGAUUAGAA